GUGGUCGUGGGAUGCGUCGUCUCUGGUGAUGGGCAACAAGCUAAGCUGCUCGUGCGCCCCUUUGAUUCGGAAGGCUUACCGUUACGAGGACUCACCGUGGAAUAACUCCCGCAGGAGAGAUGGACAUUUGCUCAGGCUCUGGGCGGAGGUUUUCCACGUGAGUUCUUCGACGGGCGCCGCCAGAUGGCAGCAGGUAUCUGAGGAUCUCGUGCCGGUCAACAUCACGUGCGUCCAAGAUAGCCCAGAAUGCAUCUUCCACAUUACCGCCUACAACUCCCAGGUGGAGAAGAUCUUGGACGUGCGCCUCGUGCAGCCAGGUACACGGCUAGGCCAGGCUUCAGAAUGCUUCGUUUAUUGGAAAGAUCCUACGACGGGGGAUACUUGGGGUUUAAAUUUUACUUCGCCGGUCGAUGCCAAACAGUUUCGGGAUUGUUGCCAACUGAAACUGAAGUCCGGCAAGCGUGUACCCCAGUCCACUCCGAGCUCACCAUCGAAGGGAGGACGUGAACCUCGCUGUACCUGCGCAAUGACCAUCGAACAAAUGCAAAGGGCACGAAACGGCCGGGCACGGUACGCAGCAUCAGUGGCCACAGGUUCGCUCCCCACAUCGGCCAGUACUUUACCCCGCAGCCAGAGCCGGCCGGGAGAUGAUCGCUCACUGACGUACGGCAAGCUGUCAGCUCACCCUUCCAGCCAAUCCGUGUAUGACAACGUGUCGACGUCGCUCAGAAAAUCCACCCCUAUUCCCAACGCAGUAAAGCAAACUAGAAGUGAUGUCAACUUAACAACUAUAGGUCAAUCAGAAACUGGCACUUUUUCCAGAACGGAGUUAGCCCGUGCUAAAUUCCAAGCAGCUAGUCGCUCUGAAGAUGCUAAGAGUGUUGAUUACGGAAUGGGAAUGUGUGCUAUGAUGAGAAAAGGUUCAAGCCAGGAGAUACGAGAGGGCCUUAAGAGCAAAAGCAGUGACAAUGUCAGUGGAAAAACGACCCCCACUUCUAGAGCGGCUAACUCGGGAAGUCUGGACAGUAAUGCCGCUAAAAGAAUGCUCAACACCUCGUCCUCGCUGCAAAAUUCGCCAGAAGACAUGCUCAAAGAUAUCCCACCACAACCUCCACCGAAACCGGACACUCGAAAACCAGAACCCCCUCCUAAAACUGGGCUGCGCGCAAGCGGGAAAAGCUCAAAAAGUGGUGGCUCUUCAAGUGGAACAGCUUCCAAACCUUCCUCGAAGGAUGCCACGAAAUCUGGUGCCUCAUCCUCUAAAGGGAGUAGUUCCAAACAAGGUAAAUCUGGAAGCUCUAAAAAGAAAGGUUCCAGUAAGAAAACGGGUCUCGAUAUCCCUGAUCGCGAAAGAUCGCCCCCCUCAGACAACCUGCUCUAUGACAACCUGUGCUAUGCCACAACACCCAGUUCCAGCAACGAGAAUAGUGAUGUUCCUUUCCUCAGUUCUGACGAGGAAGAAAUUGAAAUAGAGCCGAAGCCAAAGGAGAAGAAAAGGAUGGAAGGACGAGCAACGGGUAACACAUUUAAAAGAUCUGGAGGAGUGAAUACGCCUUCUGCCAAUUCUCCUACUAGCAAACUGCUCAUGGAAUAUGAAAUGCACUUGAGGAACGCGCUGGCUCGCGGACUCGAUGCAGAAAGCUAUAGCCUUCACACCUUCGAAGCCUUGUUGACGCAGAGCAUGGAGAACGUAGUUGCGUUAAUGCGUGAGGUGCACGUGGAGCUGGAAGAAGUGAGGAAAGAAGAACAGGCGCUGCAGUCCCAUGACGAGCCCGAGGGAAGUCGGGCUUUUGCAAACGCAAGAACUACAACAAGCGCUCCAAAAUCUAGCACACUGCCCUUACCUGGGUCUACGCGGCAGCCCCCUCACCUUGCCGCCAGGGGGGAAAAUACCCCCCUCCUCCCGAGGGCGACCAUGGAGAGCACAGAUUCACGCAUUUAUCUUACAUCAUCGGAG